AUGUUUGGUCGUCAAAGUCUUGGAAGUGGUUCGUCCAAUGGUUCAAAUCUGGUUGAGUUUCGUGCCGGAAGAAUGAAUUUAAUUGGUAAAAUGGUGCAUCCCGAUACACGCAAAGGUUUGGUGUAUUUAACACAAAGUGAAGAUGGUUUAAUGCAUUUCUGCUGGAAGGAUCGUACCACAGGAAAGGUCGAAGAUGAUUUAAUUGUAUUCCCCGAUGAUUUUGAAUUCAAACGCGUCGAACAAUGCAAAACCGGUCGUGUGUAUGUCUUGAAAUUCAAGUCCAGCUCUAGGCGCAUGUUCUUCUGGAUGCAGGAACCCAAAACUGAUAAGGAUGAGGAGCAUUGCCGUCGUGUCAAUGAAUUGAUGAAUAAUCCACCAUCGGCUUCGCGUGGUGGUGGCCAAGAUGGUGGUGAUUUGCAGUAUAUGCUGAACAAUAUGUCGCAACAACAGUUGAUGCAAUUGUUUGGUGGUGUUGGUCAAAUGGGUGGUCUGAGUUCUUUACUGGGUUCCAUGAACACUCGUACACCAUCAUCAAAUCGCAAUAGCAGCUCCAGUGCCGCUGGUCUUGUUACACCCGAGAACUCUUCGGCUCCCCGCACUCCCUCAGCCCCCAAAGCUAAAGGCAACAAGAGCAGCAGCUCUGGCACAGGCAGCACCUCGGAUGGUGGUGCCGCCACUGGUGGUAAGAAAUCUUCAAAUUCUGCUGUAACACCCACCAAUGCAUUCCAAUCCUUCUUAUCAAAUCUUUCACCCGAAGCUGGCGCUGGUCGUUCCCUUAACAUUGAUCUAACAUCGGCUUUGGCUGGUUCUGAGGCCAUCAAUGAAUUGAUAUCGGAUCCGGAACGUGUCAACACCUUGUCGGUUCACCUGCCCGAAUCUGAGGAUGCUGAUGAGAAUAAGAAGCAGCAAAUUAAAGACACAAUUGCCUCACCACAAUUCCAGCAAGCAUUGUCGUUGUUUUCCAAUGCCUUGCAAUCGGCUCAGCUGGGUCCCGUUGUGUCACAGUUUGAAUUGACACCCGAGGCUGUGGCUGCAGCAUAUUCUGGCAAUUUGGAAGAUUUUGUAAAAGCUUUGGAAAAAGCCCUGCCCGCCGGUGCCACAAUGUCUUCGCCCACCAGUUCCAAGGGCAAGGAGGCGGCAGAGGUUAAGAAAGACGAACCCGCAGAUCAAGCAGCUGAGAAAAAAGAAUAG